AAGAAGACACUUUUUGAAUAGCUCUGCUGGGGUAUAGUCGUAUAAACUUCUUUGUUCGUAUACAGGCUUCGAGUUAACGAAGAAUAAAAUCACUUGCAACAUUGGAUCUUAAGUAAGAGAAAUGGCUAACAAGAUAAUAAUCUACAUUUUGGUUGCUUCAAUGAUUGCCCAGCCAGCCCAAGGUUGGCUACUUACAGUAGGUCUCGGAGCCUUGGGUUUUGUGGCAGGCCCGAUAGUUGCGCCAAUUGCGUUAGGGGCUGCCGGCUUUGGUGCCGGGGGUAUAGCUGCCGGAAGUGCUGCGGCUUCUAUGAUGGCCUCUUAUGGUGGAAGCGUUGCGGCAGGGUCUGCAUUGGCGAUAGCUCAAUCAGCCGGAGCGGCUGGGAUUGGGCUAGCCGGUCAGGUAGCCGUGGGAGCAGCUGGAGCAGCUAUUGGGGCGACACUUGAGAAGAGUAAUCGUAAAGAGGAUAAUUGUCACUAAACCCGUUUUUCGCAC